AUGAACUGCCCUCUGGAGUCUGUUGUAGUGAGAAGCAAAGAAAUUGCGGUGGCCCCCGUUGCCCGUGGAGUAAGCCUUAAAGGAAUACCAAGGACACCGGGUUGCUCUAUGCGCAUACAGGCGACCUUACAGAAUGCGCGAAUCUUGGUUGACGUUAAUGCCUUUCCAAGACCUUCCAACACCGUUAUUAUGGUGAAAAGUCUUCGAAUUCUCUGCUGUUAUGCAUUUGAACUCCGCUGCCGACGGCUGGGGCUACAUACCGGCAGUGAUCUGCGGCCAGAAGCCCGAGAAAGCCUUAAUCACCUUGACGAGCUGACCCGGAGCUCAUCCAUGAACUUGAUCAUGUGGAUUGGUAGCGUUUCAGAGCUUUACGUCACUACGGGAAGCAGCUCGCACUCUCAUCCGAUUCUUAGGACGACAGAUCCACGAAUGCAAGCCAGAAGUUUUUCGCAUUCAAGAAUAUAUGUUUCUAAAACUCUGUUGAUGCAGGUGAUUCUACAAAUCCUGUUGAUCUUAAUCCUACCAAAGGCCAAUGGACACGCUCUUCAAGUAUACUCAGGCCGGCAAAACUCCAGUCCACGACACGUUUUGCACGCCCGGCAAGAACUGUUUCAAGAUGGAGGGGUAGGAUACAAGCUACCACUAGGCGCCAAACCGUUCCAACCGUACAAAUGCGGCCGGAAGCCACUGAGCCCAAAAACCUGGAAAGAACUCCGGAUUGAUGAAUACAUCAAAACUUAUCCCCGGGGACUCGUAGCAAACCUAACAGUAUUCGCCGCGGAAAAUAAAGCUAUCAACUUUGCGUGUGGGAUGAACCAAUUUUGCUCAGCCGGUCAGCUCUGCUCCCCCAUAAGCGGAAGAGCAUGGUGGGUCCUCGCCGCCGUUGAGCAAGCGACCAUGUAUUUUAAUUCGCUCUCUACAGCCAUUGGAUUCGCGGCCGGCCAAGCCAAAGCCAUUGGAGCAGAGCUGGUAAAUGACCUAUAUUUGCAGGAUGCCAAAAAGAAAUACCGAUUGUUCCAAUCCAUCGCAAUGGUUCUUACCAUGGCCCUGGCCGUCACAGCUAUGAUAGCCGCUGUAGUUUUUAUGACUGUUACUGGUACGGUAGCCUUUGCCGUAUUUGCUACAGCGGGUGCAAUGAUAGCAAUCGCACAGGUGACGAUGAUACUGAAAGCGCAAGCUGAGGAAGUCGAAGCCGGGAAUCAAGAUACAUUCACUAAAUGGUCACAUUAUGAGGGUCGUAUCUCAGAUUGGCAGUCAAAAAGUCAAACCGAGAUCGGUAAACGAGUAAAGGACAUGGUCGAGUAUCCUAUCAGUAGCCACCGUGGGCUCUUUGGACUGUUAGAAGGUGGCGAAUAUUGUCGUAAUAAUCAAAAACAAGAUUCAAAUGACCUAGAAAAAAAGAUGGCUCGAAUUCUCACCAUCAGAUUCGCCAAUCAAAUACUUAGGGCAAAGAAAGGAUUUAUUACCAUUGGUGAGGGCUGUUAUUCAAAAGGACCUAACGGGGCUUUUUCCCUCGACGAGGGGUGGUUGAGCUAUUGCGACAAGCCAGGUGGACUGAUGUACAACGUAAUCUAUGACGAUGACGGUAAAUCAGGAAAUCAGUUUUAUAACGCCAGACUUCUAGUGGAAAAGUAUCACAUAUCGGUGGAAUACAUCGUCAAACAGGCAGUUGAGUGCUCCCAACUAGGCAAGGGGCCUGAUUACGAUCCGUAUGCAGACGGAACCAACCUGCCCGCCGAUGAGAAUGCUCGCUGCGUGAUGAAUUUACCGGUCUGCGAUACCAGAGGAGCUGGUGUUCGAAAGAUGCUGAAGCAUCACACCACCGUCAAGGCGUGUCGCGUAGCUGGCGGGAUCAAUUUACCGUAAUAGCAGGAGCUACAAAAAUCCAAGCGAAGGUUCAAUAUCGCCAAAAACACCAUUGAAGGAGACCGACCACAAAUUUCAAUCACUUUCCCCUUGAAGCCAAUUUUUCAAAAAAAAGGGAGGCCAAAUUCUAAUGC